CUGUAAACAGAUAACGAAACAACCGGCAAUUCAACCAUUUAUAUUCUCUUGCCAACACAUUUGGGGCUGACGAUAAGCAUACAUGCCACUUCUUCUUCUUCCAUGUAAGUCUUUCUCUAUUAUCAAUCCAAUUAUUUAUAACACUGCCACCCAAUUCUCACCUUUCCCUAAAUACACACUUGCUCCAACCCCAAAAAUUUCCAAGAAUUCAUCAUUCCAUUGGAAUUCUCAAAUAAAUUUGCAUACCCAUGUCUCUUUUUGCUCUAAAAAUGAAAUCUUUGAAGAAUUUAAGACUACCCAAGUAGCUGAAAGUGAAGAGCUUGAAUUACUUAAUAAGCCAUACUUAAAGCAAAUAAAUAAUGGGGUUGUUGUAGAUGUAGAGGAAGAGAAGAAAACAGUCAGUAAAGAUGAAGUUUUGGAGCCAUUUUAUAAGUUAUUUAAGCCUAGGGAGGAGUCAUAUGAACAAGAAAGUGAUACUGAUAUAGAACUGGAGGAAGAAAAGGUUCAACCAGUUAAAGAAGAAGAGGUUAAGAAGAUUAGUGUGGAGUAUUAUGAACCGAAACCGGGUGAUUUAGUAGUAGGUGUUGUGGUUUCAGGCAAUGAGAAUAAACUUGAUGUGAGUGUUGGUGCAGAUUUAUUAGGUACUAUGUUAACUAAGGAUGUUUUGCCUUUGUAUGAUAAAGAGAUGGGAUAUUUGCUGUGUGAUAUGGAUAAGGAUGCUGAGGAAUUCUUGGUGAGAGGGAAAAUGGGAAUUGUGAGUUAUGAUGAGGCAUUAAGUGGGGAAUCAACGUCGGGGAAGCCUGGGACUAUUCUUUUUGCUGAGGUUCUUGGAAGAACUCUUAGUGGUCGGCCAUUAUGGUCAACAAGAAGGCUCUUUAGACGCGUUGCUUGACAUCGAGUGAGGCAGAUUAAACAAUUAAGUGAACCUUUUGAGGUGAAGAUAACAGAGUGGAACACGGGUGUUCUUCUUACCAGAAUAGAGGGCUUACGGGCUUUUCUUCCAAAGGCUGAUUUAAUGAACAGAGUUAAUAGCUACACCGAGAGCUGAAAGAGAAUGUGGGCGUCGAGUUAAUGCCAGGAUAAACGAAGAAACUAAUGACUUAGUACUUAGUGAGAAGGAAGGUUGGCAAAUUUUAAAUCUGCAAGAGGGGACCGUUGUGGAAGGAACAGUGAAAAAACUUUUUCCCGGUGGCGCACAGAUAAGGCUUGGUGAAACAAACCGAAGGUAAUUUACAUUACCCUUUCCAAAUAAAGAAUUGGGCUUAGAUAUGAUUAGUACUGGCCUGUAAAAUUUAAAAACUUAAUAACUAUGAUCUAUUAAAUCUGAAUUUUUGAGGUUGGA